AUGCUGUGUAGCUAAUUCUGAGGAAGGACGUAGUUCUCUGAUGGAGUUAGUGAACUUUUCACAAAGAUAAAUCUUCUCCCAUCAGUCUUCAACUCUUGAUGCAAAUUUAACAUCCUUGUGUCCUCCCAAAAGCUUUAUGGAGUGUACCAAGCAGCUGUCAGUAGUAGCAGGCUUCCUACCAGACUGUUAUGUCAUAAAGCUCAAACAGGUUCUGAGAAACUGCUACCUGACCCUGAUCUACCCUAUCACUUUAGUUGCAAUCCUUAGAAACAUCCCAAAGAAGCAGUAGAUACUGUGUUCAAUAUGAUGCUGUUCCAAUCCAGUCUAGUGUGGUGUUAUGUUCCUGUCCAUCCCCAUCAAUGGUGAGGAACCAAGCAGAUUCCAGCACUCCAUCUGUCAUUUCCACCUGUGGCAGCAGACAGGGAUCUAACAUGGAGAGCACCACAGCUGAAUCAAGGUCUAGUUCAAACUCCUUGCCACAACAUACAGGACAGCAGCCUCCACAGCCUCGAAAGAAACGACCUGAUGACUUUAAAUUUGGGAGAAUUCUGGGUGAAGGAUCUUUUUCAACGGUUGUGUUGGCUCGAGAAUUGGCAACUUCUAGAGAAUAUGCCAUUAAAAUUCUAGAAAAGCGUCAUAUCAUAAAAGAAAACAAGGUGCCAUACGUGACACGAGAGAGAGAUGUCAUGUCCCGCCUGGAUCAUCCUUUUUUUGUGAAACUCUACUUCACCUUUCAGGAUGAUGAAAAGCUGUAUUUUGGGCUUAGCUAUGCCAAAAAUGGCGAGCUGCUAAAGUAUAUACGCAAAAUUGGCUCAUUUGAUGAGACCUGUACCAGGUUUUAUACUGCUGAAAUUGUAUCAGCCCUGGAGUAUUUGCAUGGGAAAGGAAUUAUUCACAGGGACCUAAAGCCGGAGAACAUCUUGCUAAAUGAAGAUAUGCACAUUCAAAUAACAGACUUUGGUACAGCGAAAGUAUUAUCUGCAGAUAGCAGACAAGCACGGGCAAAUUCAUUUGUAGGGACGGCACAGUAUGUUUCUCCAGAACUGCUGACAGAAAAAUCUGCCUGUAAAAGCUCUGAUCUUUGGGCUCUGGGAUGUAUAAUAUAUCAGCUUGUAGCUGGAUUGCCUCCAUUCAGAGCUGGAAAUGAGUAUUUGAUAUUCCAGAAGAUAAUAAAAUUGGAAUAUGACUUUCCAGAAAAAUUUUUUCCCAAGGCAAAAGACCUUGUAGAAAAACUAUUGGUUCUAGAUGCUACCAAAAGAUUAGGCUGUGAAGAAAUGGAAGGAUAUGGACCUCUUAAGGCUCACCCUUUCUUUGAAUCCAUUGUGUGGGAGAACUUACAUCUUCAGACACCGCCGAAACUUACAGCAUACUUACCUGCCAUGUCAGAGGAUGAUGAAGACUGUUAUGGAAAUUAUGACAAUCUCCUCAGUCAGUUUGGUUGUAUGCAAGUUUCUGGAUCUGCCUCUUCACAUUCACUGUCUGUCCCAGAGUCCAGUACCCCACAGACAUCAGGAGGCAACAUUGAGCAGUAUAUUCAUGAUCUGGACAACAAUUCCUUUGAGUUAGACUUACAAUUUUCUGAAGAUGAAAAGAGAUUACUUCUGGCAAAACAAGCUGGUGGGAAUCCUUGGCAUCAGUUUGUAGAAAAUAACUUAAUCCUAAAAAUGGGCCCCGUGGACAAAAGAAAGGGAUUGUUUGCACGUCGGCGCCAAUUGCUCCUCACAGAAGGGCCCCACUUGUAUUAUGUGGAUCCCGUCAACAAAGUUCUAAAAGGAGAAAUCCCGUGGUCUUUGGAGUUGCGGCCAGAAGCCAAGAAUUUUAAGACAUUUUUUGUUCAUACACCAAACAGGACAUACUACCUGAUGGACCCGAGUGGAAAUGCUCACAAAUGGUGCAAAAAGAUACAAGAAGUGUGGCGGCACAGAUACCACCAGAACGCUGCUAAGUAGUAAAGCUCAUCCCAAAUCUCCCAGUUUCUCUUCUUGCUGCUAGAACUUGAUGUGCAGCUGAUCAGAGGAAUCUUUCCAACCCAUCUAUUACCAUCUCAAGGGGAAGCAUAUGUCUGAAAUGUUCUGUUUUUAAAAAAGAAAAAAGGAAAAAAAAAAAGGCAAAAACCGAAUGGAAUUCAGGGUCGCUUUGCUCGCUCUUUGUGCUUCUGUUGAGGCUUCCACAUGCGUAUCAUUGCAGUGAAGAUCUUGCUUUUGUGCACUUCAACUCAAUUUCUGCAGCAGACUAGUGGAUAGACAUUGCAUUACCAGCUACACUUAAGAUGAGUUAAAACCAAUCCACACGCACACACCCUGAAUCAUGUACCAGCCUUGUGUUAUAUGGGGCUGGAGUUUUCUGUGACUUUCACAUUAUCAUUGAUCUGUAUUUCAUCAGGGAGCUUUUAUAUGCCUCUCCUAAGCACCACUUCUUUUGUUUGUUGUUUUUUGGUUUUUUUUCCCCCCCUUUUCCUUUCCUCACAGUCCCUGAGCUUAUUGGUGUAUGACAUUUUGUAGUCAGGUCAGUUGCACCCUUGUGUAAUUCCUAAUAUAGUUCUGGUUGCAGGAUUUACGUGGUACUUAAAUAAUUAUGUGAAUGAAUCAGAUGUAUGUAUCUGGCAGAUGGGCUCCAAUGAUAGAGGUUGUGAGAGUAAAAUGCUGAACAUGGCACUGAAAAUCCUUCUAAAAUGGAGAUGUUGGCUUCUGAAGCGUAUAAAGUUUUAAACAUUCAGUUUAAAUUUUAAUAUGAAUCGUGUGUUUAAUCAAGAGACAAUAAACUUAGCAGCAUGCUUUUAACUAAUACUAACUAAAAAAAUAAUUAGUUAGUAUGGAGGGAAAAAAACAACGUUACUAUUGAAGUAGUAAGUAGUUUUUCUCCUUUCCGGGAGAUGAGGGCUAGAAGCUUUCUUUACAGGGUGUGCAUGUUUUGUGCAUUUUAGUGGGGCCAACCUAUUUACCUGGAUAGAGAAGGAAGUGUGAAAGCUUUGUACAAUUGAUUUGAUUUUUGUUUCAUUGCAUAAUGAGGUGUACAAACAGUCCUAUUUUCAGUCUUUGGCCAAAUAUUUGAGACCUUUUGAAAACUCUGACUUGCUCAGUUGUUUUUCAGAAAUGAGAUCCAUAUUGUAAUCUGGUUUAAAAACUAACAGAUGUUGAUACUAUGGGGAAAAAACAAAUGGUACUUGAGGCAAAUCUAUAAAAUAAGUUGUUUGUAUCAAUCUCCUUUUAUCCUUUUCAGUAAAAGGCUUUUUUGUGGUCAAACAUUUCCUGUAACGUUACAAAGAUUUAAUAUGCUAAAAACAACUUCCCUAAUGGUAUUUUCAACAUGUCUGCGUUCCUGAACCUUGCAGAGGGAUGAUAGGUCUGAACAAAGGCAUUCCUUCCUUGUUUUGAAAGUGGUAUAAACAUCACACCUAUUUAUUUUCACCAUCUACACAUCCCAUCUUUGUGCAUAUUGAGGUCUCUAUGGUGUCCUUUUUCUUAAAUAAAUAUUCCACUGCAGUGUUAAAAGGACAAAUGUGCUACUGUUCUAAAAGCAAUAUUUUAAAAGCAGCGGCUUAUCAGACUCAGAAAUACCUAAUUGAGAGGUUUUUUGCUAGGAGAUAUUAUUCAUCUUUCUUGGAGGAAAAAAAGAAAACCAACCAAAAAACGUUAUAUGGUUGAAUUUGAUGACAGCUCAGUUCUUCCAGCAUCCUUCAGCCUUUUGAAGGGGAGAGUGCAGUGGCCUUUUCUUAAGCAAGAUGCUGUUGUGCACGUGACUGUAAAUUCAGUCAUUCUGCAAUUGUCAAAUUCCAGCUAUGCCCUGGGUCCACCCGAGACAGCCCUAAAGCUUUGGAUUUAAGCGUGGAGAUGUAGAAUUCAAACAAGUGAGCCUGGCAGUAAUGGAGCUUCGUUCUGUCACUUCUGUUCUUUGUGAUGAAGCUCGUACAAAAAGUCAGGCAAAGUUAUUCUGCUAAUUAAGCAAAAUCCACGGCUUCAGUCAGAGCUAGAUUGGGAUUGCCCUUGGCCUGUUCACUUUGGCUGACUAGCUGGAAAUCUGGGAAUGCUUCAAUGAAUUUUCUGUAACAAUCAGACAUGCAGUCAUCUUGCUCUUUAAAAAGCAGUCUUUUUCAUAGCUAGAAAAUCCUCUAUUGGUGUCCUUCAUUCCUGCCUACCAAAACCUUUCAGCCAAAGAAAUGCUGUUAACAGUAACCUGCAAAAUUAGUCUGUGAGGUGGGUGUCUGUGCUCGUGUUCCUGAUGGACAGCAUUGUCAUUAGGAGACUGUGAGCCUCUCUUAAAAGCAUCCAUCCCUACCCUUAGAACUUCAGUAUUGCAAAUCACGUAUUUCUCAGCCGCUGCUUUUAAGUGAAACCUAUGGUUUUGAAAGAUAUAUAAAGCAACCAUGGGGAUUGAGGUAUGCUUUAGCAGUUUGUUCACUUACAUGUGUACUGGAAUAUGCUGCAUACUAUGAAGGGCCAGUUCCUAUUUCAGGUGUGUGUACUGAAGCAGGGCAGAGAUUGGUCAGAGCUGCAGAUAAGCCCCGUGAUUUCUCUGCUCUUUAUCCAAGGUCUUUCAGAGCACAGAGAUGGGUUGCUGGACACAUGAAGGCUUCAGAAUCCUUACUACAAACCUACAGGAAAAGCAUUCUGUUUGAGUUCUGCCUUUUGCAUUUUGAAUAAUGACUGAUCAUUUAUGAAGAUACUGGUCAGAAAUGUUUAAAUUUGUUUUGCUUGUGAUUUGAACUUCAGGGAUGUGUUCAAUAGCCUCUUUUCUGUCGGGUGGAGCUUAUGAAAUACUACUCCUAGGAAUGAUUCUUGAGUUCCAUAACUCAGUCCAGCUCCCACCCCAAUCACAGACAGUUCAGCAUUGCUGUCAUAAACUUGGAGAUGGCUUUGUUCCCAUUGCCUUAAGGGUCUGGUUUUGAAAAGCAUUUAUAUUAUGAAAGACUUGCUUCACGGGUGAUGUUGAGGCAUUGUGAUCAGGCUGAUGUCAGUUAUUAAUAUCUCAUUCGCUAAGUGUUUGUGGUGAACACAUCGAGAUAUCAGAUAGGACUGUGGUCCACUUAUUUUUCUAGUAUAAUUUGUGAAGUAUCUGCUAUAGUUAUUUUGGGGGGGGGAGGUGGAGGGUGGGGAGGAGAAGAGGAGCUCUGUGGAUUGAAUGAAAGAUGUGAUAAUUCUAACCCACUUCCAUAGGACAAGGUGCUUACUUCAAUGUGCUUCAUAUCAUUUUGGCCAAAAAAUAUAAGUUGAUUUCAGCUCUCUGUUGAGGAGAUGGUUUGUGUGGUGGUGGUUGCCUAAAGAUACGGUGUGUGGACUCCAGUGAUCCUUUCUGCUAUAUGGAAUUACAUGAAUAGGUGUGGUAUUUAUAUCUGAAGUUUUGCCGAAUGCCUGUAAUACUUUAUGCAAACAUUUAAGUGAUUAAGUGGAAGGAAGUGCUCCUGCAAAGCUUCAUGAUGCAAAUUGUCCGUCAGUCGAUGGAGUGAGUUUACAAACUAAGAGUUCUCUGUUCCAGAUCGGUGUGUUUGCAGUUAAACCCAGAAAUUUGUGUCCUCUUUAAAUUACUUUUAGACAGCAAAUAAUUGGAGAAGUGGGGAAGCUCCCAAGGACUCGGUCUGCCUGUUGGCACAGCAGGGAAUGCAGGCGGCUGCCAUUUGACAAAGCUUCACUGACCACGUACCAACUCUGGAUGUGGUGGUUGUUCUAAAUUGGGGCAGAACUUGUAAUUACUGUAUCUGACAAAAGAAUAGGAACCAGGAACCGUAAUCUGUCCGGAUAGUUGUACACUAGCUGUUCUUCAGGUUGUUGACGGUCAGUUGUGUGUAAUAUUCUCUACCUGGUUUGUAGCUGUAACUGUGAUGUACAGAUAAAGGAAAAAAUAACCAAGAACUCGCACAAAACAAUCCCCCCCCUCCCCAAGAACUUACGAGAACAGAAGCAAAUAAUGCAAUGAUAUGAUACACACUUUUGUAUUUUUAUUCUUAUAAGGUUAUUUGCUGGCUUUUGUUGGCCUCUAGUUCAGUCUGUGUUAUUUAAAUUCUAAUAUAUGAAUUAUUUGGAUUGAAUUCAUGUUCGGGGCCAUGGUGUUGUAUGUAUUGAUGUACAGCCUUGAAUGUGAAUAAUUAUUGUAAACUAUAUUUUACACCUUUUUUUUUUUUUUUCUGGCUUUAUUAUAUAAAUUUUCUAUUGGUCAAUGAUUUAAUCAUAUCUCAUAAUUUAAUAACCGCUUAUACUCCUUCCGACAGAUCUCUGUGCUGUAGAUGUGUAGCCUAGUGACCGGAUGAUGGAUUUCACUUAUGCUCGGUAGUCUGUAAUAAAGGCAUGUAGGGUCCUGG